AACCAAUUGCAUCACUACCGGAUGGAAAAGCCCAGCUGACACAACCAAGACAAGUCUCAGUGUCUAGGGAAGCUUGAGGUUCCUUUUACUUCAGGCGAGGCUGAACUCAAUUAAUGCAAUUUUUGAAGCAUGGCCUGAAUAGAUUCAGUCAUUAUCAAGUCAAACUAAAAACGUUGAAAGGUUGCUACCAUUACCAAAUAGGAAAAAUCUGAAGACAUAAGAACUACACAGAAGGAACAUGUUAUUUAGCAUCUUCACUUUUUGAUCUCCACAGAAGACAAUGAGAAGUCACACUGGAACAAUGACGAUGACUUCAGUUGGCAGCUGGCCUUGCUCUUCCCAUGGAACACACUUUAUAACUAAUCACAGCGACCAAUCACCACAAAACUUCUCAGGAGCACCAAAUGUUACUGCCUGUCCCAUGGAUGAAACAUUACUAUCUACUGUGUUAACAACAUUCUACUCUAUUAUUUUCAUCAUGGGACUGGUUGGGAACAUAAUUGCCCUCUAUGUAUUUCUGGGUAUCCACCGCAAAAGAAAUUCCAUUCAAAUUUACCUACUUAAUGUAGCCAUUGCGGACCUCCUACUCAUCUUCUGCCUCCCUUUCCGAAUAAUGUAUCACAUUAACCAAAACAAGUGGACACUAGGUGUGAUUCUGUGCAAGGUUGUGGGACUGCUGUUUUAUAUGAACAUGUACAUUAGCAUUAUUUUGCUUGGAUUCAUCAGUUUGGAUCGCUACAUAAAAAUUAAUAGGUCUAUACAACAACGGAAGGCAAUAACAACCAAACAAAGUAUUUAUGUUUGCUGUAUAGUAUGGGCACUUGCUCUUGCUGGAUUUUUAACUAUGAUUAUUUUAACACUUAAGAAAGGGGGACAUAAUUCCACAAUGUGUUUCCAUUAUAGAGAUAAGCAUGAUGAAAAAGGAGAAGCAAUUUUUAACUUCGUUCUUGUAGUAAUGUUUUGGCUAAUUUUUCUACUAAUAAUCCUUUCAUAUAUUAAGAUUGGUAAGAAUCUAUUGAGGAUUUCUAAAAGGAGGUCAAAAUUUCCUAAUUCUGGUAAAUAUGCCACUACAGCCCGCAAUUCCUUUAUUGUACUUAUCAUUUUCACUGUAUGUUUUGUUCCCUAUCAUGCCUUUCGAUUCAUCUACAUUUCUUUACAACUAAAUGAACCAUCUUGCUACUGGAAGGAAAUAGUUCACAAAACCAAUGAGAUCAUGCUAGUUCUCUCAUCUUUCAAUAGCUGCUUAGAUCCAGUCAUGUAUUUCCUGAUGUCCAGUAACAUUCGCAAAAUAAUGUGCCAACUUCUUUUCAGACACUUUCAAGGUGAAGCAAGCAGGAGUGAAAGUACUUCAGAAUUUAAACCAGGAUACUCCUUGCAUGAUACAUCUGUGGCAGUAAAAGUGCAGUCUAGUUCUAAAAGUACUUGAGGUAAACAUAUUAUAAGGAUGAUAUAUACAGCCUUAAUUCUUUGAGGAACUAAAUUAUGAAACAAAGCUCUAGCAUUUACAAAACUCGGAUCUUCUCAAAGCUCUGUUCGUAUUUGUGGUGUUUCAUUUGCUUAACUGUAAACUAUUUCAAGGCAAAAAAAGCUUAUAUUCAUCAUUACAUUUUAAAUUUGUAUAUAAAAUCUUUUAAAAAUACUUUGUUAAGCUAACACUCUUAACAUGGAUCAUAAAGUUAAGUGAAAUUCAUGUCUUUAACAACAAAAUAAUUAAAGGAAGUGCCAUAGUUUCUCAAGUCACUAAAGUAGUUAUUAAAAUCAAGCACUUGAUACUAAUCUAAAGUGUGUUUAAAAGUAACUGAUUUGAGGACUGACUUAAAAUGUCAGAAAAUUAAUGUUCAUUUAUCAUUUUAAAAGCUUGUAUAAUUUGCUACUGUGUUCAUUUAUGCCUAAACCUCUAUAAAAGAUGAAAUGAUAAUUAAUAAAAUUCUAAUAAAAAAUGAGA